AAAUCUUUCAUUCAUGACCCAUUUAUGUAGCCAAGCCAAGCGGAGUUUAAAGGAGUCGAGUUCUUACAACUCGAACUCAACUCUCUUAACAUUUGAAGCACAAAUUUAAACUUGAUCUCGACUCAUUUUUUACCGUCGACUUUGAGUCUGAACUCAACUCAUUGAUGCAGACCUAUCUCUGCUUGGUAUUUUUGUCAACAAAAUAUGCAUUUUCUUUGUUUCUUUUUUGUGGGGGGAAUCAGAUGAGGAUCAACGCGGACAAAACAUAGGCUAUGGUACAAUUGCAAGCUGGAUGGAUCAUGGACCAAAAUUGAUUUCACUCUUUAUUCGUGCAAGGGAAGUACCAGGUCGCGGAUAUCGUUGUAGACGGUGAGGAUCCUCUGUCUCCGCCCAAACCGCUUCUGAUUGCUCAUCCCACUGAAGAAGGCCUGUACCCAACUUUGGUCUUCCUGCAUGGCUUUCCCCUUCAAAAUUCCAUGUACAGUCAGUUGCUGCACCAUGUUGCUUCUCACGGCUUCACUGUGGUGGCUCCUCAGGAAAAGUGUCCACAGCAUGGCUACUGAUGUAUUCGUGCAAGGGAAGUACCAGGUCGCGGAUAUCGUUGUAGCCGGUGAGGAUCCUCUGUCUCCGCCCAAACCGCUUCUGAUUGUUCAUCCCACUGAAGAAGGCCUGUACCCAACUUUGGUCUUCCUGCAUGGCUUUUCCCUUCAAAAUUCCAUGUACAGACAGUUGCUGCACCAUGUUGCUUCUCAUGGCUUCACUGUGGUGGCUCCUCAGCUGGACAAUAUUCUAAGAUCUGAUUGGAUGGAAGACAUCAAGUCAGUAGCAGCCACAGUGGACUGGUUACCAGUUGGUUUGCAGCCAAAGCUGCCAGAGGAAGUGCUGCCGGACCUCACCAGGCUAGCCAUUGCCGGCCACAGCUGGGGAGGGAAACUAUCCUUUGCCCUUUCACUGGGUAUAGACGCCAAGCCCAGGCUGACCUUCUCGGCGCUGCUGGGCAUAGAGCCAAGCGAUGGAACAGCACCGGGCGUCCAGAUCGACCCACCAGUCCUGACCUUCGUCCCGGACUCCCUCGACCCCAAGGUGCCGGUCUUGGUGGUGGGCGCAGCCCUCAGCAGUGUGAAGAGGGAACCGGAGCUUCCUGCCUGUGCGCCGGAGGGCGUCAACCAUGAAGAGUUCUUCAAAGAGUGUGUGGCACCAGUCUUCUACGCCGUGGCUAGGGACUACGGCCAUGUGGACAUGUUGGAUGAAUCUGUCCCUGUUACAGUCUGCGCGGGUGGGGAUAACAGAGAGGCCUUGAGGAGGUUCGUUGGUGGCAUCAUGGUUGCGUUUUUGAAGGCCUAUUUGAUCCUUGACGCCCACGAUCUUAACAAGAUUUUUGAGAUGCCAGAUCGAGUUUCUCCUGUGGUACUAUCAACAGUUGAAAUGAAGAAGAAUUAAUUAGAUGCUAGAUUUAAUGUGUGC